UUCUCAGCACUGAUGAAGGCCUGAUAGUAUAAUAGAUCUUUACUCAUUUUUGACAAUUGUGUUGUUUAAUAUUAAAUAUCAUUGCUUCGUCAUGCCAGGAUGCCAUAUUACCCAGAAUGAGAACCUCUGCUCAAAAGCUCCUUCAAUUUUAUUUAUUAUAAAUAAUAAAAAAAUAAUCUCUUAUUGAUAGUAAUAAGACAAUUUGUAUAAAUAUGAACUAUAAUUAACUAAACGUGAUAAUAAUUUGGUAAUGAAGCAGAAAUUAAGAUGAAUAAUUUUGAAAAUAAUAAGAGAAGUAUUACAUAUCUUUAAUAUAUCAUCGGAAAGCUAAAUUUCCGUUUUAAGAAUACUAAUAUCCAAUCAGCAAAAUCAUAGAAUUAAUGGAGAGUGAUGAAAAAAACUUAUGACCAAUAAUUUCUGAAAACCAAUUGAUUUCUGAACUAUAAAAAGAAAAACAUAUUUUGUAUUUGGUUGUUUGUUUGGUAUAUCACUUUUUCUCUAUGGAAAACUAAGUUCUAUUGCAACCUAUAAGAUAUAAAUAAAAUUAUUAAAACAUUUAACUUAAUAAUUUGUUUUAUCUUUUUGAAACCUUCUACUAUUCCAUUCUCUAAUCGUAAUUUUUAUUGGGUCAACAUUUCUAAAUGCUUUGUGUGAGGGUAUUUCUAUUUUAAAUAAACAAAAACAUAUGGAUUCACUUAAAAUAUAACCUCUCAAAAAUGUAUUUUAAAAAAAAUUGAAUAAAAUUAAAAAUAAAACCAAAUUAUACCGUUAAAUUACAGUACAAACACUUCACUGAAUGAAUUCCAGGGAUGGAGCAUUACAUAGAAAAGCAGUUAGAAGUUGCCUUCAAAGAAUUAAAACCUAUUCUCAAAGAUGAUAGAGCAUUUUUAAAAAUGAAACCAAUUGAAACUAUACAAAAGUCGAUAGAUGUGAUUGGUUCCAUUUAUGUUAGAUAUUUGAAAGUCGUCAACAUUCUUGUCGAGUCUCAUAAUGACAUUAUUAAUCCUAUGAAACGACAGAGCCUCCAAGCAGUCAUAGAAAAGUUAUUUGGGCGGAUAUUAGAAUUGAAAUUUGAAAUGGUAGAUAUUGAAAAAGCUGAUUUCCAAUACCUGGACAACCUAAUAUUUCAAAAUUUCAUAUCAAGGAACCAUGUUCAGACGAAAGUUCCAAAUUACUUUAGAGAUCAAAGACAAGAUUUACUAUUGUCACUUUAUGAUCGUAUAGAACAAAUUAUUUAUAAGAAAGAACACCCUGAGGAAUUUAUAGUGCCUGAUGAAGAACCAGAAGAGAUGGAGGAGAGGCGUUCUUCCACUCGUGUUCGUGGCUCUUCUAUAGCGAGGGGAAGCAAAGGGAGGUUGUCUAUCCAGCAAGAUCUUGAUGAACCUGAAAAAACAAGGCUUACAACGAUGGCCAGUCUCUCAAGGGAAAGCCAGCGAAGAAUAAGCCUUAGCGCUAUUGUUUCAAAAAGGCCACAGUUUCCAAAAGCUGAAGAUGAGCAUGAAUUUUUGAAAGAAAUACUGCUUAUACAGAGACAUGAAAGGGCGAGAUUUGGCAGGUUAAGAACUACUAGAGAGAAAGAAAAAAUACGAAUAAACAAUGACAAAGCAUAUCAUAUUUAUAAAGAGAUUCCUGAAGAUGUUUCUUUUAAAGCUGCUGAAACUAUUCAAAGUUAUUAUAUGACAUAUAAAAACAGGCAAUGGAGAAAAUAUUUAAAUACCUAUGAAGGCUUGAAAUAUGGUACAUUGAUGGCAUCGUACCGAGACAGAACUGUUAUAAAUGAAAUAAAAUCAUUAUUAGAAGACAGGAAACAAUUACAGAAAAUAUUAGAAUUAGAAUUAGAAAAGAAAGAACAGGAUAUAAGCAAGGAAAUCCAACACAUGAAGAAAUAUGAGAUCAUGGAGGACAUGGUGAUUGAACUUAGAGCUUUCAUAAGAUCAUGGUAUGAUUAUACAAAGCAGUUUGGUUACACCGAGGUUCCUGAAUGGCCUGGAGAAGAAGAAGUCAUUCCUCCAGCUAGAGUACUUGGUAUUCCAGAAGGUGUACCAAAAUCUUAUAUUAAUACUAAUUUCCCUGAAAUGAAUUAUGCGAAGAUUGGCCAAAUUCCGACUUUGCCAUUGGUUGGUUCAGAGCUCAUUACUGCUGGCUUUUGGAUAUCAGUCGAUCAAUAUGCUCCAGCCGCUGAAUUGGCACGGGCUAUUCUCGCUAAAGGUCCUAAUAAAGAAGAUGACGAAAAAAAUGCUCAAGAAAAGGAAGCAGAAAAAGACAGAGAGGAACAGCAAAAAGAAGAGGAACGGCUUAAAUUGGAAGAACUAAUGAGGAAAGGCCAUGUGCCGACGAAGUCUAAUUUCUUGAAGGAUCUCAUGGCCCUAACUGGGGAAUUCAUUCUGAACUGGAGUGUGGGUACUGUCUGCAGCUCGCAUGAAGAGGAGGUUGACAUGAUAGAUCGGCUCAAGACUAAAGUAAUUUUCAAUGUGAUUAGAGAAGUCAGAAAGGAGGUUGAUGAUCAAAUGAGGAAGGAGCUCAAGAUUCUAAGCGCAGCUAUUGAAAAAGAUACCGUGGAAAUGGGGGAAACUGUUUUUAAAAUAAAAAAGAAAAAGAAGAAAGAAAAAAAGAAAAAGCCAAAAAAAGUUAAAAGAGAUCCCCUCGCAGAUCGGAGUUUGGAAUCAAUUUUUGAUGAAUUAACUGAAGAAGGGUUGAUCAUAAAGUGUGAUCCAAUUCAUAUCGACACGCUGACGGGUCAAUACAACUUCCACGCGCAGGAAGCGAGAUUGAAGUUUGAAAAUCCAAUCCCAGCCAUGGGGGACGUUUAUCAGGUGGCAAAGGAGUACGUGAUCUUACCUUUAGGAAGCAAAACAGUCAAAGAAAAUUCUCCUUCAAUAAAAUCUGUUCUCUUCACUGGUCCUAAUCGCUUGACCAUUCCGUUAGUUCACAGUUUGGCUUAUAGCGUCGGAGCUCUCUUGAUGUACAUGCCAGCACUUAACUUCACAAAAAAAUUCAAAACGAAAAUGCUGAUAAAUAUGCUCUUAAAGGUAGCAAGAGGAUAUGAACCUACAGUGAUAUUCAUAGAUGGUGCCGAAAAGCCAUAUUACAAAAAAGUUCCGAAGAAUGAGAAGGCCAUGAGGCCUGGUACGUUGAAAGGCAUCAUCCCCAAGUUGUUGAAAGCUAUAAAAACAAACGACAGAAUAACUGUCCUCGCCACCUCAGAGCAACCCUGGAUGAGCAAACCAAAACUGGCGAGCGUGUUUCAGAAGGUGUUGAUAUGCCCUGAAACUGAUUAUCAUUGCGUAUCGGCUCUAGUACAGAAGACAAUAUUGUCUAAUCAUGGCGUUGAAAGGCUAUUUGAUACUUCAGUACCUUCUGCUUUCUUUCAGGGUAUGCCAUUGAAUGAAGUUGAAGAAAAACUGAAAUCUAUAUUCACUGUCGAGAGGAGAAUUAGAUUAAGUUAUGAUCGUCUAAAAAUUGAAGAGCUUGGUUGCAUAGAUAAAGAAUCGCCUAAAGAUCGGAAUCUGGAAGAUUGGUAUAACAAGUUUUACCCUUUGAAUAAAGCAAGAAAGAAACUGCUGGAUGGUGAAAGAGAAAAACGUGAACGCGAAGCAAAGCUUAAAGAAAAUGCUGAUAAAAGAAAAGCUUUGAGUUCUGGAAAAGUGUAACAGUUAUAACACAGUAUUUAUUUGUUUUUAUUGUUGAAUUUGUUAUACUAAAUACAUUUUUAUUUGUUUUUUCUUUUGUUCGUUAAAUGAUUUGCAAUCGUAGAAUCUUUAAAAUUUGUACGACAUUCAAAGUUUCUAUCAUUCAAGUUCUUCAACACAGUAUUACAGAAAUCUAAAUAUUGGGUUGGCAAAUAAGUCCUUUCCGUUUUUCUCUUUAUUUUCAUAUCACUAUGAUACACUUCUUACCUGAUGAAUUAAUCCCUAAGGCAGAUUUUUUAUGCUGUUGGUAAUAUGUCAACAACUAUAUCUGUUAACUCUUGUUGAAACUAGCUUAGUAUAGUGUUUGCUAUUGCACCGUGAAUAUAAAAGAAAAUAUUCAUUAUGAGCAUAUUUUGAUGUAUUAUUUUUAAAAAGGUAAGCAUACUGCAGCUCAUUGAAAAUUUUUUGAUUUGCGGUGUUUAUGGGGAUUAUACCUUAACCGAACGUACCUAUCAAAAUUGGUUUGCCAAAUUUCAUUCAGGAAAUUUUGAAAUCAAUGAUGCUUAACGGUCUGGAAUCCCACAUGAAAUUGAAACA